AUGGCUUGUUGGAACGGAAAAUGGGCAGAACCGAAGGCGAGAACUCGAAACGACACUCCUCCAGUAGCUUCCUUCACCGAGAUCAUGAGUGAAACAUUGGCAGAACAACUUCAAACUGUAAGUGAAGUGUUUGAACUUGUUGUUUAUUGAGUUUAGGAAGAGAUGAGCGAGUUCGAACAGCUUCAAGAGGCUUUAGAAGCCAGUUUGAAGGAAUUCGAAGCCGAAGACUUUGAUCAGGAGACGAAAGAUCGCCUUCUGGCUAUGCAAUUGAGCGAAGAUCCGGAUUGUUCGGCCGACAAAAGGAUGGCACUGGAGUUGCAGAGGCAGUUUGAUAGAGAAGAUGAAUUGAACGAGCAGUUGGGAGAAGGUUUGACAAGUGGAGGAUCAACCACAGGUACUUUAAUAUAAUUUUUGUUUAAUUUUAGGUGGAAAUAAAAUUUUCUAUGUUGUUUUACUUAUUUUUUGAUUAAUAUUGAUUUUCUUUUGCUAAUUUUAUUGAUAUUUUUGCUGUUUUACUUGAUUUAAAUAUAUUUUAGGUAACAAAAAAUUUUAAUUUUGUUAAUGAUCUUGUUUUAGUUGGGUUAAUAAGCACACGACAUGACUACGAAAAAUUUGAGUUGGAUGACAGUGAUGAGGACAGUUUUGAUGAAGACGAAUGUCGUGAAAUAGCUACAAAUGAUUAUUACUCAUACCAAAAAGAAACUUUCCCACCGUGUGGGUUUAGACGUAAUCAAAAUGGAGAGAUUAUUACGAAACACAACAAGGAAAUGAGCGAUCGAAGAAAUUGUCAACGACUGUUUCAGGUAUUUAUUACAUGUUUGAGUAGGAGAUCAAAAUAUAUAUUGUAGUAGGUAUCAAAUGUUUUAAACUUCUUGAAAACUUGUCGGUGUUAGCUUGGGCGAUGUUUAGACGAGUUUUUAUUGCAUAUAUGACAUUAUUAAAGGUACUAGUUUUAACAAUUUGUUUGUUUUAGUCAUCAUCUGGCCUUAAGAGUGGAGAUCUAGUUGGAGAGAGAAUUAACACUAAAAUUGCUAAUGAAUUGGAGAGAUUUGGCAAUAUGGAGAUGAAGAGGAAGGCCAGGUUGAAGGAUAAGGACGAAAAGGCCAUGAGCGAUGCCUCUUUGGACGCUAAGAGCAGAUUGAUCUUGUUGAAGUGGAUCAACAAUGGAGAUAUUGAUAGAGUUGAAGGGGUUGUUGCUAUGGGAAAGGUAAGAACUUUUACUGUGUUUGAUACAGGGAGGGCACGAUGUUUAAACUUCUUUGUUAUGUGGUCAAAAAGUGCGUAGAAACUCAUUUUUUCGUUAUUUAAAUAUUUUUGAAAACCUUAAGAACUGUAGUAAAAAUUAGUAUAUUAUAGUAGGCUACACAAUAUUUGAGCUAAAAAACAUAUUUAUAGGAAUCUACGGUACUUCACGGUAUUCUGGACGAGCUUUCGGAACAAGGAACGUCUGAACGUGAAAACCUGGAUGAACAACAUUUUGCGAUUAAGGUUUACAAGCAGUCUUUGAAUGCCUUCAGGAAUCGUGGUGAAUAUAUCAAAAAUGACUUUAGAUUCAAGAAUCCAAGAAACAUUCUGAAAGUAUGGGCUACAAAAGAGUACAUGAACCUACAGAGGUAAGGAAGGAGGUUUUUUUUUGUAAAAUACGUUAAAUUUUUUGGUUUAUUGUCUAAAAUUCAUUGUAUUUCUGGUCAAGAUUGAUUGUCUGUUUUAAGUAAAAGAUAUUUUUUGUUUAAUUUUAAGUCAUAUCUUCUUAACAAUGAUAAUAUGGCUUAAAAUCAAAGAAAAUUACGUUUUUAGGUAUUAAAUUGGAUUUUUCAGGUUAAACCGGGCUGAGAUGCCUUGCCCAACACCGUUACACGUAAAACGUAACGUACUUUUGAUGACAAUGGUUGGUACUGAUGGUCCAGCUAAAAAGCUGCGCGAUAUAGCUUGGGAUAGUGAAGUAGAGUUGGCUGAUGCUUUUGAACAAGUUAAACAGGUAUUUAUUAAAUAUUUUUCUUAGAAAUAGUCUUAAAGAUCUUAAAAAUAGAGUUAAAUCUUAUAAAAAAUAGGCUUAACUAUGUUUUAAGUUUUGAUUUUAGACAACCUAUUGAAGGUUUGAAACAUUUUUUCGCAUUUUUCAACUGAUCUUAGAGUUUAAGUUUUUAGGUAAUAUUUUUUAUUUUUACUUUUGGCGGUAUUGUUAUGAUCCUUAACUUUUCAGAUAAUCAUUCGCAUGUUCCGAGAAUGCAAACUUGUUCAUGGUGAUCUAAGCGAGUUCAAUUUGCUCUACAACGACAACAAAGUCUACGUCAUUGACGUAGCUCAAGCUGUCGAUGUGUCUCAUCCAAGAGCAUUGGAAUUCUUGGCUCGUGACAUUGAAAACGUCCUGAACUUCUUUGCCAAGACAGGCCUAGAGAAUCUGCCAACAUCACAGAGCUUAUUCACAACAGUCACUGACCUUGAGAUGGACGAAGCUAAGAGUCUGAUACCUCAAGUUGAAGCCUUCGAACAUGAGAACAGAGGAGUGAAUGUGAGGUUGAACAAGGCCAAUCCUUCCGAUUGUGAACUCUCCAGAAUGUUGUCAGAUCAGAGGAUUCAGAAGCAACAGGAAAAUGAUGCUAGGCAUUUCGGGCAGAGUCCGUAG